AUGUCAAUUGGAACCAAAGAUCAGCUGCCAAUCCUGGCCGAAACCGAGUUGGAACGAGCCAAAGGAGAAAGGCUUGUAGCUUCGUUGCCAGUCAGAAGACAACCUCAUAUUAAUGACAAUAUUGAUGAAGGUAAGAGUUUCUUUUGGUUGCAAUUUAGGUAUGAAUUUGAGUGGAGACAAUUAGAAUUGAUCUUGUACUACAAGGUGUUAACGCUGUCGCUAUAUAGUUGUUUCCUUGUCCCUGAUAAUUUAUAUUUUUUCAGAGUUCUUCAAACUGGACGAGGAAGAAGAAGAACAAAAAAGACGGCCAAUUGACUUCUAUACAGACGAUGUUAACUUUGACGAUGCUGAUGGUAAGUAAUUUCUUUUUAAUGCCAAUGCUUUUGGUUUAGACACUUUUCUCAGCACUGUCGAUGAAGAAGAGACGGAAGAGAAUACGCCACGUACAGAACACUUAAUUGCUUCAAGCGUUCCCAUCCAAAUUAUGAAGCCAAAUCAAAAACAUAUCGACGGAGUCGAGGGGUUGGCUCCGUUGCGAAAGAUUGACAAGGAAAUCCGAGAAGGAGACGACGAUAAUCUAGGCGAGGUAAGAAGGAGAAGCAGUGGUUUGUACCAGCGUGUUAACAGUGUAAUUUUAAAGAAGAUUAGACGAAUAUUACUUAUAUUGUUUUAGGUUUAAGAUGCUCAAUUUUGUAAUUACUUAGAAAGACCUUUUUUAUUUUGUGUAUAAUUUCACCUUUUACAGAUUUUGAGUGUGCGUGAACAAACCAUCUUCAAGAAUAUGCAGCGUUUGUCCUUCUCGGUCCAGCCAGAAGAUGGUCCCGAACGUUUGUGGGGCGAUCACGCUGAUUGGGAAGAUGAACGACGCAGAAGGCGGUGUUCGUUCACUCAGAAGAUCAACGAAGCCGAAGAGAUUCCGUCACGCAAUAUUGAUCAUUCCAGGUUUGCCACCACGGCACCACAAGCUCCUAUCCACACUCCAAAAGAGGCAUUCAUUGUUAGGCCGAGCUUCAACGGCCAUGUUAAGACUCCUGGCAGUGUGAGUUGUCGAUAUGUGUAAUGUGGUUUUUAAAUUGUUGUUGUUAUCUGUCAUACGUGUAUGAUCUUUUCUUUAAACAUUUGUGAUUUCAUGGAUUUUCAUCUAUUUUAAAAUGUUAUGGAAGACUUGAUAAACUUGUUAAUGAAAAUUAAGUGUGCUGUCCUAACGCUAAUAAACUUGGUUGUUUAAGAAUCUCUGAUUCGUUUAAUUUUGACUAUUCUGUUAACUGUCUUGAUUAAACAAUAACUAUUCCUUUCACUAUAAUUGUCAAUUUCAGAUCAAAAGGCCAGGCCAAGUCCCUUCCCAACCGUUCGGCUUCCAGCCUAACCGAGCGCCUCGCGAGGUCGAAUCCCACGCUCUCCAAAACUUCCAGAAUCCUUCAGAUGCUCAAUUAUCGCAAUCCGAACGAAAUGAUUCCGCUGAGAGCCGUCACCGGACCGAUACCGUGGACGGUGUUCAGCGACAGCCCAAGAUGUGA